GAGAACAGGAAAAUGGCAGAAGCUUUUAUUCCAGUAGAUCAGUUUUCAAUGGACCAGUUCAGCUGUCCAGUCUGUCUGGAUCUCCUGAAGGAUCCAGUAGCUACUCCCUGUGGACACAGUUUCUGUAAGGUGUGUAUUAAUGGCUGCUGGGAUCAGGAAGAUGGUGGUGGGAUUUUCAGCUGCCCCCAGUGUAGGAAGACUUUCAGCCCAAGACCUGAUCUGUGCAGAAACACCAUGCUGGCUGAAGUGGUGGAGAAGCUAAAGAAGACUGAACUCCAAACUGCUUCUUUUGCUCAAUGUCACACCAAACCUGGAGAUGUGGAGUGUGAUUUCUGCACCGAGAAAAAACACAAAGCCGUCAAGUCGUGUCUGAUGUGUCUGGUCUCCUUCUGUGAAACUCAUCUGAAGCCUCACUAUGAAGUUCCAGGUCUAAAAAAACACACAUUAGUGGAAGCCUGUGGAGACCUACAGGAGAAGAUCUGCUCUCAGCAUGAUGAAGUGUUAAAGAUCUACUGUCGUACUGACCAAAGCUUCAUCUGUUAUUUGUGUACAAUGGAGGACCAUGAAGGACACAAAACCGUCACAAUUAAAACAGAAAGAAAAGAAAAACAGAAUGAAGUAAAGGAUGAGCAGAGGAAAUCACAGCAGAGAAUCCAGGAGAAGCAGAAGAAGCUGCAGGAUCUCCAACACACCGUCAACAUUAUUAAGGGUCGUGCUGAUGCAGCAGUGCAGAACAAUGAGAAGAUCUUUACUGAGCUGAUCAGCUUCAUGGAGAAGAAGCGUUCGGAGAUGACGAAGCUUAUCCGAGAUCACAAAGAGGCUGAACUGAGUCUAGCUCAACAACUUAUUCAGCAACUGGAGCAGGAAAUAACUGAACUUAUGAGGAGAGAAGCUGAGCUGGAGGAGCUUUCUCAAUCACAUGAUAACAUCCACUUCCUCCAGAAUUUUCCGUCUCUCUGUGUCUCUUCUGGAUGUGAGGACUCAUCCAGCAUCACCAUCAAUGAACAUCUCUCAUUUGAUGGAGUGAACAGAUUUCUCUCAGAUCUGAAGAAGCGAAUCAUGGAAUUCUGUGAGGGAAAACACUACAAAAAUGGAACAAAUGGUGAGAAAAAUAUUCUAGUUCGAUCAUUGUUUUGUGUAGAUCAGCUUUCAGUGGACCAGUUCAGCUCAGAACCAAAGAGCAGAGAAGAUCUUCUGCAAUAUUUCUGUGAUCUCAGUCUGGAUCCCGAUACAGCACAUCGUCACCUCGUCCUGUCUGAGGAGAACAAAAUGGUGACAUUUAUUGAUACCGAUCAGGGAUACUCUGAACAUCCUGAGAGAUUCGGCUCCAGGUUUCAGGUGCUGUGUAAGGAGGAAGUGAGUGGACGCUGUUACUGGGAGGUGGAGUGGAGCGGUGGUGUGGAAAUUUCAGUCUCAUAUAAAGAGAUCAGAAGAAAAGGAGAAGGUUAUGCAUGUGUGUUUGGACGCAACAGUCAGUCCUGGAGUCUGGAGUGUUCUUCUUCUUCUCUUUGUUUCUAUCACAACAACAUUAAGACUGAACUUGAAGGUCCAUCAGCCUCCAGAAUAGGAGUGUAUGUGGAUCACAGUGCAGGAACUCUGUCCUUCUACAGCAUCUCUGAUACAAUGAGGCUCCUCAAUAGAGUCCAGACCACCUUCACUCAGCCCCUCUAUGCCGGGAUUCGGUUUGGGGUUUAUUCUGGAUCAUAUGUGAGGUUCUGUGAUCCACAAUAAAAUAUUAGUAAGAUGUUUAAUCAGAUUUAAAAAAAGAUCACCACUAAGCGGUCUAAUGGCGCAGCAGUAGAAUACUCUGGCCCACCAGUGCUGAGUUCUUGGGCUCUUGAGUUUAAAUGUCAGCUUACACAGACACUCGAUUGGCUGUGUAUCUUUAGGGGGCAUUACUGCUGCAGUUACGACUUCUGGAUAUGGAUCUCUGUAUGAACCCACCUGGUGCAGAUGAAAAGAAGCGAUCGGUACUGCACAUUUGUCGGUGGGGGAAUGAGUUCGUCACAACCCUCCACAGUCAGGAGUGGAGGUCUGGGUAAUUGGAUCUACUAAAUCACUUAAUCACUUCUACCAGAUUUCUUUCCUCCGUCUGUUUGGAUGGUUUGUUCUUAAAUGAAAUAAAUGUUGUAAAUAUUUCAAUAAAUGUUGAAUAAAAAAGAGUUUUCUGUUUAGCAACACCAUAGCAGUGAUCAAGGAUAUUGUAGCAGCCAUAUGAAAUGCCAUUUUAAUAGCAAACACACAGCAAAACCUUUCUAAUCGUCCAGCAACGUAUUCUUAUUAUACGAAGGAAUUUCUUAGACUGGAAUGACAUUCUCCAGGUUAUUUGGGAAAUGCUUUUUGCUAAUGAUGUUAUAAAAGCUGUGAAUAUUAAGUGUAUAUUGAAAUAUUUUAACACACAUCAACAUAUUUUAGCACAUUAGAGGUAACAUGAGCUGUUAGCAAUGACAGCGUCUCCAUGUUAUUAUAGCUGCUUUUAUGUACAUUAACUGAUGAGUGUGUGGUCACUGAGCUGAUGAAUGUGAAAUUUCAUGCAUUUUUCUGAAAAAUACUAGAAAUAUUUCUCUUUAAUAAGUUAUAUUUUGCUUCAUUUAAAUGUCCUACACAUAAAACAGCCGAUUAUCAGGAACAUGACACACUUUGAAAUCAAUAAUCAAUAAAUAAAGAUCACAUUUUUGUUGCACCUUA